UUGUUUACCUAUUUAUUUUGAAUAGUUUUAGUGAUUUGUGUAAAUUGUUCGUAUUAUCUAUUAAAACCAUGUUUGCUGAGAAAGUCAUAGAAUUAUUGAAGGAAGCAGAAAGAAAUCCUGUUACAAUCGACCCAUUCAAUGAUGAUAAGAUUCGACAAAUAUUGGAGGAGAUGCAGAUUUUGUUCAGGAUGAAUAUGAAUGAUGCUAACGCAACUAUGGAAAAUAAAACUCUGUGGACCACAGUUCAAGUGAGGCAUUCGGCACUAGAACGGAACAAACGCUGCCUCCUUGCUUAUCUCUAUAGUAGAAUGGCCAAAAUUAAGACAUUAAGAUGGGAAUUUGGUGCUAUAUUACCUGCCGAUGUUCGUGAACUCCUGUCAGAUGAUGAAUACGAGUGGUUUACUAAAUAUUCUAUGAACUUGGCUUCAUAUAUGAGAUCAUUGGGCCAAGAUAUAGGGUAUAAUGGCAUUGACCUAACAGAAAACCUGAAACCACCGAAGUCUUUAUACAUUGAAGUUCUAUGUAUGGCAGACUAUGGGAAGCUGGAACUGGAAGAUGGUGAUGUGAUCUUGUUAAAAAAGAAUAGUAGACAUUUCUUGCCAACAUCAGAAUGUCAGACACUUAUACGACAAGGAAUAUUAAAACAAAUAAGUUAAUGAAUAUUAUUUUAAGUGUUAAAUAAGUGUAAAUAAUGAAUAAAUGGAUGUUCAGAAAGUAGCAGUGCUUUCCAUUUGUUUUAGACUUACAUUGUGUCUUUUGAUUAGAAGUUUUCAAUUAUCUUCAAUUUUAGUGAACCAAAUUCCCAUCUCAUAAAGUAU